UUCCGCACCGUCUCCAGCCCGUUUUGCACAUCCUUCUUCUCAGCGAAUCUGCACUCGUCUUACAUCGGUCUCAUACUUCUAGCUAUUGCUUCAACUUACGACAAGCGCAUCUUGAAAUCUCUUUAUCAUCAUGGAAUACCACUUUGUUCCCCCGGAGGAGCGUGCCAGAAAUGAGAAGGGCGAGCUGUUACCCUGGGGUUAUGUUUACAAGGACGAAUCCCGCAAUCCACGCCGCGCCCCGGAGGAAUCAGGCCCCUUCGGCAAGCGCCGCAAUGCCCGCUACGAACACACGCGCUCGCGCACCCGCACCGGCACGCCGGCGGCCAAGCGCGAGAACCCCAACGUGACGGAGUUUGGGCGCCUGUUCGCGGCGCAGCAGGAGGACGAGAAGGUCCGCAGCAACACUUUACCGAAAUCGGCGUCGGCGUCGAACGUGGAGAGUCUGCGCAAGCAGCAACAGCACCAGCAACAACAACAGCAGCAGCAGCAACAGCAACAGGAGGCGGAGAAGGUCGCGACGGAGUGCAUCCUGUACGGGUACAAGAGCAAGGACGGGGAGUGGAAGGUGCUGGACAAGUACGAGCGGAUCUCGCAGGGGUUCAUCUGCGAGGACUAUCCGCGGACGGACCCGCACGCGGCCACGGGGUUCUCGCAGCUGCUCAGCGGCGGGGACGUGGUGAUCCGGACGGGGCUGUCGGCGGACGCGAACCGGAAGUCGAAGCGCUACGCGGGCGGGUACCACUGGAUUAAAGUCACGUUCGACUCGACGACGGCGGCGGACCGGGCGUGUUUCUUCUCGCCGCAGGAGAUCGACGGGCACCUGGUGUUCUGCGAGCUGUACCAUGGCCGCGGCCCCGCGGAGGAUGUGCCCAUCGUGGCCGGGUCGGCGGCGGCGCAGCGCGUGCAGUCCAAGGCGCCCCGGACGCUGACGACGUCGCAUUCCACGGCGUUCCUGCCCACGGGCUCCGACAAGGAGCGCCAUACCCUGCCCCGGUCGUUUGCGUUCGGCAACCUGUCCACGGUGCCGGAUCUGAUGGAUGAGGAGGCGGACUCGAUGGACUCCACGCCGACGGCCAGCUCGACCACGGCCAUGGGGCUCGAGCAGCCGACGGGCAGCAGUUUUCCGGUGCAGCAACAACAGCGCCCCGUCAUCAGCGCCCCCGCGGCGCAACCCAAACCCGAAUCCGACUUCAUGACCCAUAUCCCCACGGUGCGGCGGACGAAACUGCGGCCGUUGACCGAGGCCCUCCCGCCGCAGCCCACCGUCACGGAACGGGUGCUGCGCUCCAUCCCCAUCCUCAGCUGGUUCACCGGCGAUAUCGUGGGCGACGGCCCGCAGCUGCGCGAGGACGGCGUCUUCGACUAUGACAAGUCCAAUACCUACUGGCGGUUCUGGUACAUGAUCGAUAGGAUCAUCGGCACAGACAUCUGCGGCCUGAAGGAGGAGUCCUCGGAGGCUGCGGUCCCAACAACGAUCGCAGCCGUAACGACCACGGCCACUGAAUCGCCCGUACAACCGCAACAACAACAGCAAUUACACCACCGCUCAGCCUUGCCAGAUAAAGGCCCCCUCUUCUCGCGAACCCCGCUGGAAGCCAUCGAGAACCCCAACGAUGAUACCCCAGCAACAACAACAACAACAACAACAAAAGCCCUUCAAUAUUCCGGCUCCUCGACGGGGCUAAAGGAAUUAGACCCCCGCCGCCCGUUCUCCUGGGAUUGAUGUAACGUGAUGUGAUGUCGAUUCGGACCGAGGAAGGUGGAAGCAGACGGAUCUGCGCACAUGAUGGGCCUGGACCAGCGAUUGUACGCCAGCAAACACCAUAUCUACCCUGUACCAUAAACCCUUUCUCAUGUCUGCGCCAGCGGUUAUUGUCUUUGCCUUGAUAUCUAUCUCUACGAUGAGAGCGAACGAGAGAGAAAAGAAAGUCUGGUCUCAAGUUCAUUUAUAUCUCCGCGUCUACUCUUCUUUUUUUUUUUUUUUUU